UCUACAGACAUACCCCCUCCAACACUCUGCCGGUGUCCCGUAUGCCUUCACCCGCCCCUGGGUAGACCUCCGCGUCUGUGUCGGACCGCGCCUGGAAGAAGGUGGAGGUGAAUAUGUUGGAAAACGGGAGGAAGGUGUUGAAGGAAGGCGUGCUAGAAAAGAGAAGCGACGGCCUGCUGCAGCUGUGGAAGAAGAAGCUGUGCGUCCUGACAGAGGACGGCGUGCUGCUCCUGCCGCCCAAGCAGCACGAUCACCCGCAGCAGCAGCACCACCACCACCACCACCACGGCGGCGGCGGCGGUGGAGAUACGGGGAAAGUCAAAGAGCUCCACUUCGCCAACAUGAAGACUGUGGACUGCGUGGAGCGGAAAGGGAAGUACGUCUACUUCACCGUGGUCAUGUCUGAAGGGAAGGAGAUCGACUUCAGGUGCCCGCAGGACGUGGGCUGGAACGCGGAGAUCACCCUGCAGAUGGUCCAGUACAAGAACCGCCAGGCGAUUCUGGCUGUCAAGUCCACCCGGCAGAAGCAGCAGCUGCUCGUCGUCCACAUGCCCGUUCAGAGCCACAAGACCCUCCGGAGCUCGCCGAAUGUGGCGUGACCUGCGAGAGACCCCAGCCGACAAUCGUGCGCCAUUUGCGGUUAAUUGGACACUGGAGGAUGAAUAUGGACCCCCUCUCACCCUCACAUUUUGCGCAUCUGCACCAACCAGUUCUUCGGGACAAGUCCUCUUUUUCCAUGUUGUGGUGCCCCUCACCAAUCUCCCCUUUUUUCAAUACACAGACUUACUUCACUAAAGACUGAUGGACUAAAAGCCUGUGGAAGUGUAUUGUCAUGUGCAAUUAUUUAUUAGAUGUGUAUAUAUUUUUUCUAUAAAAGUGUUGAUGAAUGUGGUUGUUGGAUGAGCGCAGGAAGGAAGUACAUGUCUUUGUCUUAUUAGGAUGGUCAUUUGUUAGCACAACCAAAGAUUAGCUCAUCAUUCUCAAAUACAGUGCUUUUUAAAAAAAAUCAAACUAAUAGAGAUGUACGUAUACAUAUGAAAUGUACAAAGAGGCGGUACUUGUUAAAAGGAACAAUUGAAUGGAAUUAUCAGUCCCAGUAUCGACCAUUAGCGACGAACAAGGUAAGUAUUAAGAUACACCAACUACUGUAAAUGCUUAAAGGUUGCCACUAUCGGCUACGUGUAUUGAUCAUACCCGCCUUGGACAGGGUUAAAGGCCGAUUUGACCGAGCUCCGUUGCUAACAGCUGCAUGUCCAAAACAGAAGCUGUUAGUUUGUUAGCUAUGUAUCACCCUCCCUGACAAACACUCCCUUUAUGAGAGUUGAAAGUGUUCCGCUGUUCCAUAUGUGAGCCAUUUUAAUGUUAAUUGUCACCUUUUAUGUUGGCCAUAAUGGGCUUUGUAGUGUUAGCCUGGAGCUGGCUAGCCUCCUUGUUAGCUUUGUGCUAACAUGGUUGUGCUGACAUUAUCCUUUUUGGAAAAAAUAAUAUUGUGAGCUAAGCUUAGUUUUUGUUCAUUAACAGCUAAUUAUCCCUAAACAUUGAACAUUACACUGUCAAGAAAGGGUGACAUUUGACUAUUGUUCUGAUAAAGGGUUAUAAAAAGGGUUGGUUAAGAAAAAUGUGUGUUUUGAGCCAAUUGUUUGAUAUGUUAGCUAAUUUUGCUCAAUGUCUCAUUUAAAUUAAUAGUGUUAGCUUAAGGCUAACAUGUUCCCACAGUCGGCCAUUGUUAACAUGAUGCUAGCAACGUUAUUUGGCAACCAUUUGACUACUCUCCUGCUAAAGGGUUAAAAAUAGCUUAAUGAUGAGCUUAUGAGCUUUUCAACAUGUUUGAGGUUUGCUUGGGGAAAAAAGUGUGUUUUGAACCAGGUUGAUAUGUUAGCUAUUUUUGCUCAUUAGCUCAUUUUAAAUUCGUAGCGUUAGCUGGGCGCUAACCUGUUCCCACAGUUGGCUAUUGUUAGCAUAAUGCUAGCGAUGUUAUUUGUCAACCAUUAUACAAUUGUCCUGAAAAAGGGUUUAUACAUUGUUUAUGAAUAUCUUAAUAAUGACCUCAUCAACUAGUUCUUCAUAAUAUUUGUAAAAAUGAAAUUGUAAAAUUUCAAUUGGGCCUUUGUAGUGUUCGCCUGGUGCUAAUAUGUCCCCACAAUCAGCUAUUGUUAGCACAUUUGGGCUUUAUUUAAUGGCCAGAAUUAUCCACUUAAGUAAAGUUAUUUGGGUAUGAAAAGGAAAUGAUAAAUAUUAUGACUUUAUUCUCAUAAUAAUAUAACUUUCCCCAUUACUUUAUGCUACUAAAAUGACAUUAAACAUCCUCAUAUCAGUUUAUUAUUGUAAAAUUGCGACCUUGUAAAAUUGUAACAUUCUAACUAUUUCCGCAACCUAGUUUUCCAAAUUUGUUUUGUUAUUUUUCAUAAUAUUAUGACUUUUAAAAAAGCCAUCAUCACCGACCUUGAGAUCUAUUUUCAUACCUCCGAAUGAUACAUUCCAUUAAAAAAUGAAGAGAAAACUGCACUGGUGCCUUUUCCUUCUUUCUCAGUUCAUCAGGGUCACUCGUGCGCCCUUUCCAGACUUUCGUGUUCGACAGUGCCUCCCGUUUCCUGGUCUAAAAGUAGCAGGUGUGUAGGAUUUCAGUGCCAGUUGCUUUGUCGUGUCAAAAUGCAUCUGGCCUAAUUGGAUGAAUGACGACAUUGUAUGUGACGCGUGACCACUGAGAUUGUGGUUUUCUAUACAGAAGACCGUUGUUUGAAUGGUCACCUUUUACC